GAAGGGAAAGGGGGACGUAAUAAAGAAACGAGAGAAAGAGAGGAAACAAAGACAAAGGUCCUCAAAACCUCAUGAUCAAAACUCUCUCUCUCUCUGUCUCUCUAGGACUUUGUGAGCUUUCCUCUACUUAAUCAAGAGUUGGAAUAGCUUUGAAAGUUUCUACAGAGAACUGUUUAGGGAGCUUCAUAAAAAGAUAAAGUAAAAGAGAAAAGAAAGAAAGUGAGAGAAAGCAAGGGAUUUUUUUUUAUCAGUUGGUUACUGAGGAAACAAUGAAUCGAGGUGUUUUGCAGAGUUCACCGGUGCAACAAUUGGUGGCCGGAAGCCCUAAUUGGUGGAACAUCAAUCACAUGAGGCCACCACCUCAACAGCCCUCUCCUUUCUUGGUUCCUACUCCACAGUUCUUCCCUCAAUACACCCCACCACCUUCAUGGCAUGAUAACCAGGAGUUUCCAGAGUCUUUGAGCCAACUACUCCUGGGUGGCUUUGUGGGUGAAGUAGACAAAUCUGGUUUGAGCCGCUUACAGGCCAAGAAGUUGGAGAAUUGGGAAGAACAACUAUUACACCAAGCUCAAAAUGGUUCUGUUGAAGUAAAACCAGAGAACUUAGCAAGUAGCUAUGUGUAUGGUCAUGGAAAUGUAGAGUUCCAGGCCCCUAAACCCACUUGGUCUCAAAUGGUUCCAGCUUCAUCUCCCAAAUCUUGUGUUACAAGUUUAAAUACUAGCAUGUUGGAUUUCUCUUCUACCACGCCAGAUGGGAGGCACCCACCACCGGAUCAUUCCUCAGAGUGCAACAGUACUGCCACUGGUGGGGCAGCUAAGAAAGCUAGGGUUCAAGCAUCUUCAACUCAAUCUACAUUCAAGGUGAGGAAGGAAAAAUUGGGUGACAGAAUAACCGCCCUUCACCAGCUAGUUUCCCCCUUUGGGAAGACUGACACAGCUUCUGUCUUGUUAGAAGCUAUUGGAUAUAUUAGAUUUAUUCAGAAUCAAAUUGAGGCCCUUAGCUUACCGUACUUGGGCAGUGGAUCAGGAAACAUGAGGCAGCAACAGUCUGUUCAAGGAGAGAGGAAUUGUUUAUUUCCUGAAGACCCUGGUCAGGAUCCUCAAGAAGAACCCAAGAAGGACCUGAUAAGUAGAGGGUUGUGCCUGGUUCCCAUAUCAUGCACAUUGCAAGUUGGGAGUGACAAUGGUGCAGACUACUGGGCUCCGGCGCUCGGUGGAGGUUUCUGAUGAACGAGGGUUUUGGCCACGGAGGCCGGCACACACCAGAGCUUCAUAAAUAUGAUAUAACAUCAUGAGCAGUCAAUCUGCUAAAACCUAAGGCUGAUUGCUCAUGAUGCUAUGCAUUCUUAGUUGGAAUUAAGUGUGCUGUAAUAUGUUAUAUUUAGGGGGGCUUUCAAAGUCCUUACAACCCUUUACCUAACUUUAUUAUCUCUUUCUCUCUCUUCAUCGGCUGGUACAAUGCUUUCAUGUAUGUAUAUGCCGUUUUAGUAUGAUUAAUCAUUUCAAAUGCAGCUUCUGCAGCACUUAUUUUCUCGGUUCACCUUUUUUUUUUUU